AACACAAGAGCACAGCGGCGGAAUAAGAGGAGCGUAAAGUGCGUCAAGCGCGCUACGGGCGCAAGCGACGGAACCUCGGAGGCGAAUUCGCGCACGUUUCCUACGUAGGAGGGGAAGAAAAGAGGAGAUACUGAAUAUACGAAAUAGAUUAUAUAUUAAUGUACAUAUAUAUGUAUCCGGAUUCCGGAUCCAACUUUUGUAAAGUCUCUUGGUCUUUGAUGAGGAACCUUUCAAGUCCGUGAGCGUUAGAAAAGGCUCGAUUUUCGUGACGUGCGUAACAUAAAUAGCAGAUCAAACUAGAAAUGCCGGUGGGACAAUGUCAAAGGAGCAAGACACUGAGGGAGGAAAACGUCCUCACGACACUGAACUGUAUGUUGACGUCCCUCGUACACGCCUGCCCAUAGUGUAUCACCCCAUCUAUAACAUCACCUUCAUGGGCAUGGAGAAACUCCACCCAUUUGACGCUGGGAAGUGGGGGAAGGUCGUCCGCUUUUUAAAAGAGGAGCAGUUUGUGACUGAUGAGAACAUGGUGCCCGCCCUGGAGGCUUCAGAGGAGGACCUGAAGGUGGCCCACACCAAGAGCUACCUCAGCAGCUUAAAGUGGUCGGCGAUCGUGGCGGGCAUCACAGAGAUCCCUCCGCUGAUGUUCCUGCCCAACUGCCUGGUUCAGCGACGCGUCCUCAGGCCACUGCGGACCCAGACCGGAGGAACCAUCAUGGCGGGGAAACUGGCGAUCGAGCGAGGAUGGGCCAUCAAUAUUGGGGGUGGUUUCCACCACUGCUCCGGGGAUGAGGGUGGCGGUUUCUGUGCCUACGCGGACAUCACCCUGGCCAUCAAGUUCCUCUUCGAGAGAGUGGAGGGCGUCGCCACGGCAACCAUCAUCGACCUGGACGCCCACCAGGGAAACGGCCACGAGCGGGACUUCGUGGGAGACCGGCGCGUGUUCAUCAUGGACGUGUACAACUGCCACAUCUACCCCAGGGACAGAAUCGCCAAGCGGGCGAUCCGGAGGAACGUGGAGCUGGACUGGGGCACGCAGGACGCUGAGUACCUCCGGAAGGUGGAGCUCCACACGGAGGGGGUGCUCAACGAGAUGCGGCCCGACAUCGUGGUCUACAACGCGGGCACGGACGUCCUGGACGGAGACCCCCUCGGAGGGCUGGCCAUAUCCCCGCAGGGUAUCAUUGCGCGGGACGAGAUUGUGUUCAGGGCUGUGAGGGGGCGGGGCAUCCCCAUCCUCAUGGUGACGUCGGGGGGGUACCAGAAGAUGACCGCCCGCAUCAUCGCCGAUUCCAUCCUCAACCUGCAUCACCAGGGCCUGAUUGGCCCAGAGGAGGGGGAGGGUUCAUCACCCAAGCCAAUCGGGAGCGAGAGCUCUGUGUCGGUUAGCUCUGUGCACACUUCUGUCUGAAAGACUUUAUUACGCCUAAACACUAUCUGUGUGUGGCCAUGUGUGUGUGUGUGUGUGUGUGUGUGUGGAUGCGGGUGUGUGUGUGUGUGUGUGUGUGUGUGUGUGUGUGUGUGUGUGUGUGUGUGUGUGUGUGUGUGUGUGUGUGUGUGUGUGUGUGUGUGUGUGUGUGUGUGUGUGUGUAUGCAUGCGUGGGUGGUCCGUGUGUGGAUGUGUGCGUGUGUUUGUGUGCAGGUGUGUGUGCAUGUGUGUGAACGUGUGUGUGUUAGUGUGUGUCUGGAUGUGUGGCGUCCGGGGGUUCUUGUAAUUGCACCUAAAUGGCACUGACAUAACUUUAAUAAUGUACCUUAAAUGAUUCCUGAAAGGGUCAUGCUCUGGCGCAUACAUUAGCAUUACUAUUCAAACUCAUUAUGCAUAAAAAGGGGUUGGGUUUGAAGACUAAAUCACAGCUGUUAUGCAAUGCCUGUGUAGUGUGUGUGUGUGUGUGUGUGUGUGUGUGUGUGUGUGUCUGUGUGUCUGUGUGUCUGUGUGUGUGUGUCUGUCUGAAUACCAAACGACCAAUCCCAAGAACCUUCAUCUAGGAAUCAAUUGAAAAAUUGAAAUAAUUUAUUUAACCAUCGAUGUUAGAAAGGGGAGGCUUACUUUGCAUAUAAUGAGAGAGAGAAACGUUCACGUGGGUUUAAUAUAAUUGAGGUAAAGUGCAAAUUUAAUAAUCAAACAGGGUUUAUGAUGGAAAA